AUGCAGGCGACGGACAGGAAUACACUCGAAAACGCCACAUACUCAACAGAAGAUGUGACCGAAAUUACGGACUUAGAGACGUUGCUCUCGCUGCUUCCCGCGUGCAAAAGAUGUAGGAGAGCGAAGCGACGGUGCGACACACAACUUCCUGCCUGUGUGAAUUGCAGCAGGGUCGGCGCGGAUUGUGUCUUCUUUGACCAUGUCUCGAAAGAGUUUUUGCCACGAACGUACAUUGCAUCCCUUGUAGACCACCUCCAGGCUCUAGAAGGUACCCAAAACAACAAGGCAGACGAAAGAGAAGUGGCAGAGCUCCAGUCGACCUUGACAUUUGACCAGCAGAACUUUGUGCAUGUUCGUGGAGCCUUGAGAUAUCUGGGCGGUCAAGCACCCCUGGGAACUCCGGUGAACCCUGCUUCUGAAAGUCCAAACGGUCUUCGCACCAGAAGCUCAGCUCCUCUUGUGCAAAUUCCUUGGUCAAUGUCAGUUGACGGCGGCAUGCCCCAAUACCUCAGUGACAGGUACUUCGCGACACUACAUCAGGUGUAUCCAAUUCUGAAUCCAGAAUUACCAUUUCUAACGUGUCCGCCUCGCUGGGGGGAUGCUUCUCCAUUCGAAGCAUUCACGUUGAAUAUGGUCUAUUCAAUAGCUUGCCAUUGCCUGCCUGGCAACAACACCCAACUCACCUUGCUGUCUGAGACUUUCUACCGUGAGGCUUUAGCCCAUGCCGAUAAGGUGACGGCUGAAUUGAAUCUGGAAGCGCUUCAAGGUGUCGUUCUGCUGGCUUUGCGGAGCCUGUUUGACUCUCAGGAGGGCAGUCUUGGCCAACAGGUGGCAUUCGCACACCGACUAGAGGUCGAAUUGAGCGCCAAAGAAAUGGACGAGACGUCGAGUGCACUGGACACUCUGAGAUCAGCCAUUUACUGUAUCGGCAGUCAGAUGGCCACGGGACUGGAUCGGCCAUCUGGGCUGGCUGAACCCGACCAUGCGCAUACCUCAACGGGAAGCCUUGGACGCCUCUGCACCUUGUAUCGGAUGCAGUCAAGGUUCCGAGACGGACUUCCCUUUGACGAACUUGACGCAGCACUAGUUCUCGCAGCUCACACCGCUGAAGUGACACCGUUAGUCAUGGCUGCCGAGAAGGAGACGGCUUUCCUGAUCAACCCAAACGCAGAAGCAGCUCUGCAACUGUUGGCAACUUACGACCAAGAAGAUAUGAUCUUCAACGUCUUCACUCCGCACUGGGCGUACAAAGCUGGAGUGCUCUUGCUGGCUCAGGGUACAGACGACUCACGUCUGGAAGGCUACAUGCUCGCUUCGACAGUUCUGGAGCGAUGUGCGCUGAAAUGGCCGAACUCCCGCGCUCUUCAAGAGACGUUACGGGCUCUGGCAAGUCCAAGGAAACAUCAGACAAGCUUUGCACACUCCAACUGA